AUGAUGGAGGGUUCAUUAAGCAAAUGGACAAAUGUUAUGAAGGGGUGGCAGUAUCGCUGGUUCGUCCUCGAUGAAAAUGCUGGUCUCCUAUCCUAUUAUACGAUGCUCUUUAUAUUACACGAAAAGGUCAUGGCUAAUUCUAAUUUUGAUUUGGAUCGUUACACCGAAUCUGUGUUUAAAACAUUAGCAAACUUGUUUGUGGAUUUAUCUUAUUUAGAAGACGUUGUAUAA